AUGGACCAGCUGAACCUUCACUCUGGCAAAUGUGUUGAGGAGAAACGUGAUGUUUUGACAUUGGUAUUGUUCUACCAGUGGGCGAUCAUCUGUAUCAAUUUUAUACCAGUGUUGACUUUCAACAAAUACUCUUGUGAUUCAAAAACAUUACAGAAAGGCAAUUAUUCUCAAGACGAAAAUUGUGAAGUAGUGACUAUAGGAUUUUUGGGAGCUUAUGGCCAAGCACAGGUGGCGCUUGGCGCAUUCCCAUUGGCGGUGACGGCAGUCAACGAAGACCCGGAGCUUCUUCCGGGCCGAAAGCUCCACUAUGUGGCGCGAGAUAUCGGCUCGCAGCCCGGAAGUGAAAAAGCUGCACUGGCCAUAAGAUAUAUGUCAGAAAUGCGAGAGAAUGGAACCUUAGCAAUUAUUGGUUUGGAUGACACUUGUUCAACAGAAGCACUUGUGGCUGCCGCAUGGAAUAUUCCUAUACUGUCAUAUAAGUGCUCUGACACGGAAGUGUCCAACAAGAAGGUUUAUCAAAGUUUCGCUCGCACUCUUCCGCCUUCAUCAAAAGUUUCGAAAAGUGUAGUUUCGCUUUUGUUGGCUUUCCAAUGGACCCGUAUUGUCGUUGUGGCGGGCUCGAGGCCGGCUUGGGGCAGUGAACUCAAGGAUGCCAUCAAGGAUAUUUGCAUGUACAAUGACAUUACAAUCGCAGCAACCAAAGAAUAUACCGAUUAUAUACCCCAACAUAUACAUCAGAUGGAAAAUAUUGUGAAGGAGACUUAUAGAAGUACUAGAGUGUAUGUUUUUCUUGGUGAACACAUAGCUUUAGUGGAUUUUGUUCGAUGUUUGCAAGCAAAACAUUUGUUGGAUAAUGGAGAGUAUGUUGUCAUAUCUGUCGAUAAUGAAAUCUAUGAUCCACGACAUAAAGAAACAUUCAUGCAAAGAGAUUACUUAGACCCUUACUUGCAAAACAAACAUCUCUCGCCAACUGAUGUUAAAGGAUUUAGAUCAGUAUUAAAAUUAACGCCAUCGCAUCCAAGAAAUCCAAAAUUUCACGAGGUUUGCCAAAAAAUCAAGAAACUAUCGAUAAAUCCACCAUUUUGUGUUCCGUAUCAUGAAAAAAUAUUCGGUAGCAUAUCAGUGCCUAUUCAAGCUGCCUAUUUAUACGACGCGGUUAUCAUUUAUGCCAGAGCCCUUACCGAACUUCUCCGAGAAAAUCGCGACCCUAAAAAUGGCACUGCUGUUUUGGAAAGAAUUUUAAAUCGAUCUUAUACUUCGAUACAAGGAUUUGAUGUAUUUAUAGAUAAAAACGGCGACGCCGAAGGCAACUUUACAUUAGUCGCUCUAAUGCACGAUAAACAGAUGAAAGACCACAUAAAAAUGAGCAUGCAGCCUGUGGGAUGUUUUCGAUAUAAUUUAAAAAAUGAAUCUCUGCGAAAAAGUUGCAAAGGGAAUGAGGAUGAUUGUGAUAUUCCUGAAUUUUACUAUUUAGAUGAAAAUAAGCCGAUACAAUGGCUUGGAGGUUCCGUACCGUUAGCAGAACCCCCAUGCGGUUUUACUGGUGAACGAUGUGGUUUUAGGGCAGACCCUAGAUUGGCCACAGUUGGAGCAUUUAUUGCAGGAGCUAUUCUUUUGGCUGGAAUCUUCCUACUUAAGCAUUACCGAUAUGAACAUAAGCUAGCCUGCCUUCUCUGGAAGAUCGAUAUGAAAGAUGUAACAGUGAUUCCUACAGAGAGUGUGGAAACUACAAUAAGAAAUAAAAGCUUGAAGUGCUCUGACACGGAAGUGUCCAACAAGAAGGUUUAUCAAAGUUUCGCUCGCACUCUUCCGCCUUCAUCAAAAGUUUCGAAAAGUGUAGUUUCGCUUUUGUUGGCUUUCCAAUGGACCCGUAUUGUCGUUGUGGCGGGCUCGAGGCCGGCUUGGGGCAGUGAACUCAAGGAUGCCAUCAAGAAAAAUACUUUUCAGGAUAUUUGCAUGUACAAUGACAUUACAAUCGCAGCAACCAAAGAAUAUACCGAUUAUAUACCCCAACAUAUACAUCAGAUGGAAAAUAUUGUGAAGGAGACUUAUAGAAGUACUAGAGUGUAUGUUUUUCUUGGUGAACACAUAGCUUUAGUGGAUUUUGUUCGAUGUUUGCAAGCAAAACAUUUGUUGGAUAAUGGAGAGUAUGUUGUCAUAUCUGUCGAUAAUGAAAUCUAUGAUCCACGACAUAAAGAAACAUUCAUGCAAAGAGAUUACUUAGACCCUUACUUGCAAAACAAACAUCUCUCGCCAACUGAUGUUAAAGGAUUUAGAUCAGUAUUAAAAUUAACGCCAUCGCAUCCAAGAAAUCCAAAAUUUCACGAGGUUUGCCAAAAAAUCAAGAAACUAUCGAUAAAUCCACCAUUUUGUGUUCCGUAUCAUGAAAAAAUAUUCGGUAGCAUAUCAGUGCCUAUUCAAGCUGCCUAUUUAUACGACGCGGUUAUCAUUUAUGCCAGAGCCCUUACCGAACUUCUCCGAGAAAAUCGCGACCCUAAAAAUGGCACUGCUGUUUUGGAAAGAAUUUUAAAUCGAUCUUAUACUUCGAUACAAGGAUUUGAUGUAUUUAUAGAUAAAAACGGCGACGCCGAAGGCAACUUUACAUUAGUCGCUCUAAUGCACGAUAAACAGAUGAAAGACCACAUAAAAAUGAGCAUGCAGCCUGUGGGAUGUUUUCGAUAUAAUUUAAAAAAUGAAUCUCUGCGAAAAAGUUGCAAAGGGAAUGAGGAUGAUUGUGAUAUUCCUGAAUUUUACUAUUUAGAUGAAAAUAAGCCGAUACAAUGGCUUGGAGGUUCCGUACCGUUAGCAGAACCCCCAUGCGGUUUUACUGGUGAACGAUGUGGUUUUAGGGCAGACCCUAGAUUGGCCACAGUUGGAGCAUUUAUUGCAGGAGCUAUUCUUUUGGCUGGAAUCUUCCUACUUAAGCAUUACCGAUAUGAACAUAAGCUAGCCUGCCUUCUCUGGAAGAUCGAUAUGAAAGAUGUAACAGUGAUUCCUACAGAGAGUGUGGAAACUACAAUAAGAAAUAAAAGCUUGAUUCAAGUAUGUAGACACAGUUGUUUGCAACUAGCUCCUGGCAGUGGACAAGAUACUGCAACAAAACGUGCUUAUGCAUGUAUUGGACUUUAUAAAGGAAAUAUCGUAGCAAUAAAGAAAAUUUAUAAAAGAUCUGUGGACAUAACGAGAUCUAUUAGAAGCGAAAUGAAACAAAUGAGAGAAGUACGACACGAUAAUUUACUUCCAUUCAUUGGGGCGAGUGCCGACCCGGGUUCAGUUUAUUUAUUGACUGGAUAUUGCGCGCGAGGCUCUCUCGAGGAUAUUCUCGCUAACGAAGAUUUGCAUCUCGAUAAUAUGUUUAUUUCGUCCUUAGUCAGCGAUAUACUGAAAGGAAUGAUAUAUUUACAUGAUAGUGAAGUUAUUUCACAUGGAAAUCUGCGGUCAAGUAAUUGCUUAGUGGAUUCAAAAUGGGUUUUGCAGAUAGCAGAUUUCGGUCUUCAUGAAUUUAAAGCAGGCCAAGACGAGCCUGAUCAAAAUGCCAAAAAUAUAAAAAGGGCGCUGUAUCGGGCACCUGAAUUACUCAGAGGUGAGUUUGUUCCAGCAAGAGGAACUCAGAAAGGAGACGUAUAUUCAUUUGCAAUUGUCUUGUACGAAAUUUUAAGUAGAAAUGGUCCUUGGGGUUCCUUAGAAAUGACAGAUGAAGAAAUUGAGAGUAAAGCCAUAGAAAUCAGUGGUAUGGUAUUGCGACCACCAAUUCAUAAUUUGGCAGUCGAAGGAUAUGUCCUUCGAUGCCUAGAAGCAUGCUGGGAUGAAGAUCCUGAUUUAAGACCAGACAUUCGAUUCGUUAGAGUGAAAUUAAAAGAAAUGCAGGCUGGAUUGAAACCAAACAUAUUUGAUAAUAUGCUAGCGAUCAUGGACAAAUAUGCAUAUAAUUUGGAAGGUUUGGUUCAAGAAAGGACAAAUCAACUGACAAUUGAAAAAAAGAAAACAGAAGCGUUGUUACACAGAAUGCUACCAAAAACAGUGGCUGAAUCGCUCAAACGAGGUGAACCAGUGCAGGCUGAGAGCUUUUCCAGUGUCACCAUAUAUUUUAGCGACGUAGUCGGUUUUACUGAGCUAUCAGCUCGUAGCACUCCUCUCCAAGUCGUAGACUUGUUGAAUGAUCUUUAUACGUGCUGUGAUUCUAUAAUAUCACAUUACGAUGUGUACAAGGUAGAAACUAUAGGUGAUGCUUACAUGGUAGUUUCAGGACUACCUGUCAGAAAUGGUAUUAGCCAUGCAGCAGAGAUAGCUUCUAUGGCUUUGCACAUUUUGGAUCAAAUCAGAACUUUGCCAGUUCGACAUCUUCCUGGUGAAUUACUACAGAUUCGAAUUGGAAUUCAUUCAGGACCAUGUGUGGCCGGAGUAGUUGGCCUGAAGAUGCCUCGAUAUUGCUUAUUCGGAGAUACCGUAAAUACAGCAUCUCGUAUGGAAAGCACAGGCGAAGCUUUGCGCAUUCACAUUUCUGCUGAUAGUUUUAGAUUGCUUGAAGCUUUGGGUGGUUUUCGAUGCGAAGAAAGAGGAUUAACGUUUAUCAAGGGAAAAGGAGAAUUGCGAACAUAUUGGCUCCUAAGUGAAAAUCGAGACAGACGUUUAGAAAGAAUAAGACAACGAAUGGUUAAUGGAAUUCCAGAUGAAGAUUUAUUACACAACGAACUUCCUCUAGAUGCCCCUGAUUUAAUUUUGGGUUCCACUACUGGACUGAGUCCAGGACAUGUUUAUUUGAAGCAACUUCAUCAGAGGGCAAGAUUGUCCUGCUCCGCUUUGUAUGCGCAGGAUUUUAAUCGCACAACUAUUAAUGGAAAAAAUCCAGAGACCCGCAGAGGUCACAGAUCUGCACCUGCAAUAUCUUUCAUGGACGUACCAGAUACUUCCCGAUUUAAGACAUUUUUUUAUUAA